CAGCUUACUCUACUCAACAGUAGAUACAGCUCCACUUCUCACGGAGCAAAGUUACAUCGGGAUCCAGCGAAACGUUGUGUAAUUAUGUGUCUUUUGAAAUACUAAACAGCUUAGAUAGAUUCUCCACGUGAGAGAAAACACUGACGUGGACAGAGGGGCUGUUGGUUUCAGCUUUUUUGGAUCAAGGUUCAUGUUUUUUUUUGUUCGGAUUUCGGCAGUUUCACAGACGCUGGUGAGUGAACACCAUUUUUAACGGAGCUGAUAUAUUUACGACGCGUGUAAACUACCUACAGACAGCUAAACGAGCCUGUUUAUUCCAGGUAGGAGCGAUGGAUAGGAGACGUGGCUGGCUGUGGAGCGCAGCAGGCCUGGAUCCUGCUCUCCGACACCAGGGCUGAGGAGCUGCAGAGGAGUGAGGCGACUCCCCCCUCAACAUCAGCUCAGCUGUCUAUUUUCGCAGUCCUCAUCAUCCAGGCUGCCAGUGUGAAACUAAGUCUUGAACUGACCUUUGCUGAAAUUGAAGAGGUAGCUGCAUUUACAUCUGAUUCCAGCCGCCUCUCAGGUGCCCCUGAACAUUGUUUUAUGUCCUCCUGAAUCUGAACCAUGAGGAACAGAUCGAGCCUGCUUCUGGGCUGCGUGCUCCUCUGCUCCGCCUCCUUGCUCUACCUGGGCAUGAGCGGAGUAGAGUGCCCUCCGAAAAGCCAUCGGUACCGGUGGAUGGAGCUCAACCUGGGCUCAGCCAAUCAGAGCUCAUCCUUGACCGAACAUUUCCCUGAAGACACGCCCCUCAUCUUCAUCGGAGGCUUUCCCCGGAGCGGCACCACGCUGAUGCGCGUCAUGCUGGAUGCCCACAAUGCUGUGCGGUGCGGGGAAGAGACCCGAGUGAUUCCCCGCCUCUUGGCCAUGCGGGCCACCUGGAGCCGCUCGGUGAAGGAGAGGAUACGACUGGAUGAGGCCGGCGUCACCGAACAGGUGUUGGAUUCAGCCGUGCGAGCGUUCCUUUUAGAGGUGAUAGUGGGCCACGGGGAGCCUGCACCUCGCCUUUGCAACAAGGACCCGUUCGCCUUGAAGUCGCUCUCAUAUCUGUCGCACAUCUUCCCGAAAGCCAAAUUUGUGCUCAUGCUACGAGACGGACGGGCAACUGUCCACUCCAUGAUUUCACGCAAGGUCACCAUCUCUGGCUUCGACUUGACCAGCUACAGGGACUGUCUGACCAAGUGGAGCAGCGCGGUUGAGACCAUGUUCAGCCAGUGUCAGGCAGCCGGGGAGUCCAGGUGUCUGCCCGUCCGCUACGAGCAGCUCGUCCUCCACACAGAGGAGGAAAUGAGGAAGUUGCUUCAUUUCCUAGAGCUGCAGUGGGACCCGUCAGUGCUGCACCAUGAAGAGCUGAUUGGAAAGGCCGGUGGCGUGUCUCUGUCCAAGGUUGAGCGCUCCACAGACCAGGUGAUGAAGCCGGUGAACACAGACGCCCUCUCCAAGUGGGUCGGGCACAUUCCCUCCGACGUGAUAAGCGACAUGGCUGAAAUCGCCCCCAUGCUGGCUCGCCUGGGCUACAACCCCCACGCCAACCCCCCCGACUACACGAAACAAGAGCCCAUGGUGUCUCUGUACAACUACUCACAGAAUUUGAAAGCAACAGAGACUCCACACCCCAGUUAAGCAAAAGAGGAAAAACACGCUAUGGAUGCACCUUAAACACAGACCUCCAAAUCAGCAGUAACUAAACCUCAAAGGAAUUUUAAAGUGUCAUGUGUAUUUUUUUAAUUUUUUGUAAGACUAAUGUGCGGUGUUAAUGUAUGACGGGUGCAGUGUUAAAAAUACGGACUCGUUAAGUGGUUUGGAUUUUGUAUCUCAUGUGGACUAGCUGCUGGAAGAAGUUUCUCUCUCCAGCAUGCGCACAGCGCUGGAUCGACAGUAUUACACUGCAUUUCGACGCGUCCUCUCUCCUUGUACCUGAAAGUAUUUCAACAUGUCUGUAAAGUUAUGAUUCACCACAAAUGUGAAUGUGUCUUUAGACAAAUCUUUCACUUGCUGAGAGUUCAGUCAGUGUUCAUGAAGCAUAACGACUGUAUAUUUUUGAAGACUUACGUUUAUUUUCUUAAUAAAUUAUUUUGGUGCUGACCAUUAUUCAGGAACCUAAUGUUGUUUAUUCUGAAUUGAUUUAAUUAGUGUGUGUAUAUAUAGUUAAAGAUAAAACAUUUUUAAAGAGUC